ACAUCCUUAUUUUGUCUUGCUGUCUGUCUAAUAGCCUUCUGUAGCUGAAAAGGCUUUCAAACAUUCUCUGGCUUUUGAAAAUGCAGGAGAGCUCUGUUUCUAAAUGUGAAAAGACUCCAUGGACAAGAGCUAGACGGUUGUUGAGUCUUUUGAUGCUGUUCCUCAUGAUGGCAACUUUAAUGUUUAUUUUCUACAAUUCAAGCGACAAAGCAUCAUGGCAUUUGACCUCUUGGAGGACAAGUUCAUUAUCAAGACAAUCGUAUAUUAUGCCUACCACUUUAGUGGACAAACUCUCAGAUUCAGCAUCCCAGUUCUUUGUGGCAUACCCGCACCACUACAGUUUCAUAUUGGAUGAACCAAACAGAUGUCGGCAGGAAAGCCCAUUCUUGGUUCUUAUGAUCCCAGUCGCACCCCAUGAGAGAGAGGCCCGUGACAGAAUCCGCAACACAUGGGGCAAUCAAACCACAGUGCUGGGCCAAGUGGUCAGCCAUUACUUCCUGCUGGGACUGUCCAGAGAGGACGAUGGGAAAGAGAAGCUUCAGGAGCAAGUGUUACAAGAAAGCCAGAUACAUCAGGACAUUAUCCAGAGUAACUUCUUGGACAGCUACAACAACCUGACCAUUAAAACCAUGGUCAUGUUUGAAUGGCUCAGCUCCCAUUGCCCCACCACCUCCUAUGCCAUGAAAGUCGACUCAGACAUAUUCCUUAAUGUCCACAAGCUCACUGACAUGCUUUUGACAGCCCCCCGACAUCUCUAUAUGACAGGAUUAGUGAUAAGAUGGGGUGCUGUCUUUCGAGAUGAAAGCUCAAAGUGGUAUCUGCCUGUUUCAGCCUUCCCAGAGGGCUAUUACCCACCAUAUGUCAUGGGUUUGGGCUAUGUGUUCUCAAUGGAUCUACCCCAAAAGAUAGUGGAGGCAUCUCUGCAUGUUAAAGCUGUUUACAUUGAAGAUGUGUACGUGGGACUAUGUAUGAAUUACCUGGGAAUCGAACUGACAGAUCCUCCUCAUUCUGGACUGUUUAAGGCAAUGAUGCCUAAUUUAACAGACAGCUGUUACUGGACCUCUGUCAUUGCAGUGAUUCUACGAGACUCACAGCAGCUUUCAGAUGUAUGGAGAGUAUAUCAGACUCAAGUACAAAGUGGUUGUUGAAAACCUCUGUCUGUACCUUACAAAAAUUGCAACAGUUUUAAUGUGUAAUGUUGGACCAUGCGACUGCCUAGCCCAGUUGUGUAAUUCAGCAGUUUUGCAACACAUAUUUGUUUACACUGUAAG